AACUACAAUUUCAGUUUCAUAAUAAUUAUUGAAGUAUAUAGUUUAUAUACCAUUUCUCUUCUCUCUGUCUCUUUGUCUCUCUCUCUUUACCAUGGCUAGGGUUUUUCCUCAAGCGGCCAUCUCUUCACCGUACAUGAGUACGGAGAGAGAGACUUUCACGGUUUGGAUGAAAUCUCUGGUUUACCAAACCAAUGGUUUAACUGUUUACAAUUCCAACGGAGAGAUUACUUACCGUGUCGAAAACUACGACAAAUGUAGCAAUGAAGUCCAUAUCAUGGAUCUCCAUGGCAACAUUUUGUUCACCAUCCGCAAAAAGAAAUUAUGGCUUUUCGGGAGUUGGUAUGUGUAUAGAGAAUGUGGAAGCUUUACAAGCACGGAAGAAGUGAAACCUUGUGCUAGAAUCAAAAGGUCUUCGAUAAGAGAUGGAGAUUGGGAAGUUCGAGAUGAGACCAAUGAAGUCUUUUGGAUUUUAAGAUUUGACCCCAAAUUUGCUUUUCAGAUCAUAGACAUUCACGGAAAUAUCAUUGCACAGGUAAAUAUAUCAAUAUUUUGAACCAAAAAAACGAAAUUGAAAGAGUAUAUAUAUAUAUAGAGUUAAAUACUUAACCAUAUACAUGUUUAAUAGGUUAAGCCAAAGCAAUCAUCAAAUGGGAUUACAUUGGGAGAAGAUGUGUUAACUUUGGAGGUGAAACCACGUGUUGAUCACUCACUCGUUGUCACACUUGUCACUGUAUAUGGAUUAAUUAAAGGAGUAGUCUAAUUUUUCUUGUUUGAUUUGUAUAGUAAAAACACACACACAAAUAGUGAUUUUUCCAACCUUGUUUGUGUUGUGGAAUAUGUAAAUAUUCUUUUUUUUGCGAGCCUUGAAUUUUGCUUGUUUUUUAAGCUCUGUCCAAAAAAACAUUCCACAAUAGAAUUAUAUUGUUUAGGGGGAAAAAGCCGAAAAAAUCGUCAUUUAUUUUUAAUUUGGCUGUUUAAUACAUGUAGUUUUAAAUUUGGAUUAAAAAUACCUCACUUA